GCGUUAAUAUGACUCAGCGCUCAGGCGGCUGCUGUUAGCAAAACAUCAGGUGCGUGUUCCAACAAGCUGAAAGCUGGCCAUGCCAAGCUUGCUCUGAUCUUCCUCGCUUGUGGUGUGUCCUCGGUGCGUGCUCGUCCAUUGCUGGCGUACCGCUUAUUAAAUACACCCGGUCGGUCCUUCGCUCAUUCUCCAGCCAUGCCAAAGAGAGGGCCAUCAACCAGAAUUGCCGACGCAACCGCUGCCAAAAAGGCCAAGGCAGCCGAGGCGGACCCGGACCUAGAGUUCGAUGCGGAGUGGAGCGAUUACGGCCCCCGGGCAGGAUCGAAGAAUCUCCCGCCGGUGUUCGUGCUGACCGGCCCAGGCAUCAAGGGAUCCGAGAAGAUCGCUGGUUUUGAUAUCGACAUGACUCUCAUUGUGCCUGCCAGUGGACGGACCUUUCCAACAGGACCGAGUGAUUGGAAAUUCAUACACGACGAGGUCAAGCCCAAGCUGCAGUCGGAGCACAAAGCGGGCUACAAGAUAGUGCUCUUCACCAAUCAGCGGGGAAUGGAGAAGGACCACACGCCGCCGGCAGGCUGGAAGGGCAAAGUUAAAAAGAUCAUCAACGAGCUGAAUAUUCCCAUUCAGGUGUUCGUGGCUACUGGCGAAAAUGACAUGCGCAAACCGGGCACCAGGAUGUGGGACGUCAUGGUGAAAGACCACAAUGAAGGCAUCCAGCCCGACAUGUCGGCCUCCUACUAUGUCGGGGAUGCAGCCGGCCGGCCUAAGGACUGGGCCCCAGGGAAGAAGAGGGACUUCUCCUGCGGGGACCGGAUGUUCGCAGCCAACGUGGGCAUCAAGUUCAUGACGCCGGAGGAGUACUUCUUUGAUGAGAAGCCAGCGCCCUUCAGUUGGCACUCAGUGGAUCCAGCUGAGGUGGUGAAGUCUUCAAAGGAGAAACGCAAAGAUACUUACCAUUCCAAGGACAAGGAGCUGGUCAUCAUGGUCGGCCUGCCGGCAUCAGGCAAAAGCAGCUUCGUCAAGAAGUACCUUCUGCCCCACGGCUACGUGCACGUCAACCGUGACACACUCACCACCCCAGCAAAGUGCCUCGCAGCCACCAAGGAGGCCAUCAAAAAUGGGCAAAGCGUCGUCAUUGACAACACAAACCCUUCGGUGUCGGCACGGUCCGAUUACAUCGAUCUCGCCACUAAAGCCAAGUACAAGGUUCGUUGCUUUGUGAUGGACACACCCAUUGAGCUGGCCCACCAUCUGAACUACGUGCGACAGACCCAGACCAACGGCAAGGUGCGCCGCAUUCCCAAUGUCGGCUACAACGUCUACAAAAAGAACUACCAGGAGCCCAAAAAGAGCGAAAAGAUUGAGGACAUCGUCAGGAUCCCGUUUGAGCCCACUUUCGAGAGCGACAAAGACAAGAAGCUCUUUCUGCAGUGGACAGGGGACUAAACUUAAAAAAAAAAAUAAAGUGCAGAUAUUUUAGUUUCAUGAACCAGGAGCCUCAUGACCUUUUGCUGGAGGGGGGCGACGAGGCAAUUAAGAAGUGCUUUUUUCCUCCAUAAGUGCCAUUUUUCACAUGGAGGAGGUUGUAUGACUGGUGAAAAAAAGUCCAUCUUACCUAUAACCAUGAAUGUUGACACAGUACUCUUUGCAUUGACCUCCCCCAUCAAAAUAACCCUAUCACACUACUCAGAUGUCAGUGUAUGCCAUAUCAGACCAGCAUACAUUAUUAGCAUUAACAUGAGUAUUUGUACAUGCUCAGGUUUUUAAAAGUGGUAUACAGUGUACAUGGAGUGUAAAGGGCACACAUUCAACCUGCAGAUAUAAAAAAGAUUGGAAUCAAUUUCAAAAUGAAGAUUUCCAUGAUAGGAUUGAAUUGAUUCUCUGUAGUUCUUAAGAUUUUAGUUGGUGCAAACAGGUUCUAAAGAUGUUUUAUAUUGAACGUUGCUCAUCGCAAACUUAGAACAAAGGAAACUGUGACUUUGGAACAAACUUGAGGUGGUCAAUUAGUUGAAAACAGAUAAAAAUUUUAAAAUGAUUUGAAAAAUUUACUGUAGUUAAAUGUGAGAUUUUUCCCUCUUUGAGGGAAAGUUGGGGUUGAUUAUGCAAAUUUAAUUGUCUUUUAAAGUACCUUUAACUUUUUAAUCAAAUUAAUAACUCUAUUUUUAAAAUGAUAGUACUGAUAUUAUUGAAUUAAAUAAAUGCAAAAAAUUUUACAUUUGAUUUUAGUAAUGACACAGUUUAUUGUAAUUAAUUUAAAUUUUGAAAAAUUUAUCAAACUUUACUACUUUAAAACUAUGAAAUGUUGUAUUGGCCACAUUCAGUGGUCCAUAUAUUUUUAUUAUCAAUGUAAAUUCUAAUUAACUUUCGAACAUUAUACUGCAAUCGACAGUAUGCCCCUUUGUAAUAUUUUCAAUUUAAAAAGACAAAAUACUCAUGCUAUUUGUAGAAACUAAGUAGGUAUUCAGUAUUGUAUAGUACAUGUAAGUCAUUUUAUGAUAAGUCUAAGUGCAUGUGUUCAGAUUGAAAGGAUAGCAGCUACUCACUGUACAUCAAAUGUAAUGUUUGAUGAAUACAAAGUAGCACGAGUAUAAUGAAUGAAGUACUGCUUACAAAAUAUCAAACUGAAAUAAACCGAAUUCUAAAGUUUCAA